AUGAAUCCGUCGGCAUUUGUAAAAGGAGUGAACUCGAUUGUAGCUGAAGAUUGGGUUCAAAUGAUUAAGGAACUGCUGGGUGUGCUGGAGUGCAUGGAGGAGCAGAAAGUGCGGUAUGCUACUUUUAAAUUAGUGGGGGAAGCGAAGAGGUGGUGGAGAUCGGUAAAAUUGGUGGAGGAACAAUGGCCAGGGCAUGCGACUAUAACUUGGAGCCAUUUCAGGGAAGUAUUCUUUAACAGGUACUUCCCUACUACUAUCAGGGAGGCUAAGGUAGAGGAGUUCCUGAAUCUGACUCAAGGGCACUUGAAUGUACAGCAGUACGCGGCCAAGUUUGUGGAGCUAUCUCGCUUUACUCCAUACAUGAUUCCAGACGUGCCGAAGAAGGUCUGGAGGUUUAAGAAGGGUUUGAGGGUUGGACCAACUAGCUGCUACCGGUGUGGUGGGGCUGGACAUAUAGCGCGGGACUAUCGCGCGAUGUUGACUCACACUGCUCCACAGCAUCAGUAUCGGGGAAGUAACAAGGCACCCUGA